CACGAAUUUGGUACUCCAAGCCACAUUCAAUGUGCUCAUGCGCCAGAGAUAGAGUUCUGAGAAUAAACAGUGAGAGAUUCUCCGUUUGACAGUAAAAGGAUUCAGAAUGUUCGCGAACAUUCGAAUUAUCUAUUUCGUAUCUUCUUAUGUCAAAAUUCGCGGAGCCAUCUGUUAUUUAAACUUCAUAUUCGCGGAUCUGAAAAGCCGUUUAUCCAAGUACAGGUUAAGUGCGUUUAUCGGCGAACAUGUGCAAACGUGACGGUCUGUGAUUUGCGUUUGCAGUCCGGUAGGAAACGUGUAAUUUAUAAUUUAUAAUAAUUUGUCACGAGUUUGAAUUCGUGGAACGUUUUCGAGUUCAGAAAAAGUUUGAAUUUAUCGAUAUCGCGUAAAAUGGCAGAGAAUACAGGGCAGACAAAUCAUCCUUGGAAUACUCUGACGACUCUAACCACAUUCGAUCAAGGUAAUAAUAUGGAUUCGACCUUUUGUUCAAAUGAUAAUACUGAAAAUUUAACUAGUGGCCAAAUCACACGUGUAAAUCCUUCUUCUGGUGUUGUAAUUGAAUCUCUUGUAAAUCAAAUAUGUUCUAUAUUAGAAAAGGAUAAAACACGCAGAAAAAAGUUAUAUAAUGAAAUCUGUGCUCAAUUGUAUAAAAUGAAAAUAAUUGAUAACUCGUACAAUAUGAUGGAAUUUGAAGGACUAAGGAAAAAAUAUCAACAUGCUCUUUAUCAACUGAUUAAAAUUGCAUAUUCUGCGAGUGGAAAUGAAAAUCCUUUAUAUAACCCUAGUUUCCUGUCUGAAUUAUCCCGUUAUCACCGAGAAUUUAAUGAAAUAAGUUUUAUUGCUGGUGGAGGAUUCGGUGAAGUUUAUAAAGCACGACAUCGCCUCGAUGGUAUCGAUUAUGCAGUUAAAAAGAUAGCUGUAACUUCUAGUCAUGCAAAUACUUUGCAACAACAUUUGAAUGAAGUAAAGACAUUGGCUAAAUUAAAUCAUGCAAAUAUUGUUUCCUACAAAGCAGCUUGGAUUGAAGUAGCAGGAAUUGAAGUGCCAUCAUUUAACUGUUCGCCAUUGAAAGAUCAUAAAUCACAUAAGUUACAUACUUCUUAUUGCACUGAAGAGUCCACAUCAUAUAAUUUGCUCGAUAAUGACAUGAAAGUGAAACAGCAAAAUAAAAAACGUGGAAGUACUGAUGAUUUUGAAAUUAGACAAAAUCUUAGUGAAAGAUUGGAGGAAUUGAAUUCAUCAACUGAAAAUAUAGAAGAGUGGGUAGUCGAGGAUAAUGCAGCAAAUUAUAUCGAUGAAAUCUCAUCAGACAUUGUAUCUUUUAGAAAUAGCAAGAAGAGUAAGAUUUCAAAUGAAACCAAAGAUAGUAAUAAUUAUAUUGAUCAUAAUUAUUUAUGUGACGAAUCUACAAGUCAAGAAAUAUAUACAUAUACCUCCAAUGAAAAUCACCAAUAUAUGAUCUUGUAUAUUCAAAUGGCUUUGUGUGAGCAAACACUUGAACAAUGGAUGCGCGGUAGACUAAAUGCAUCACCCGAACCAGUAAUUAGGGAAAUUUUGAAACAAAUUCUUUGUGGAAUCGAUUAUAUCCACUCUCAAAGUGUCGUGCAUCAUGAUAUAAAACCACGUAAUAUAUUCAUUUCAACAUCAGGACAACUUCAAAUUCAAUUAGGUGAUUUUGGUUUAGCUUGUCCAUUAAAAUCACAAGGAAAGAAUCAUUCUGCAUGUGGUACUCAUAUGUAUGCAGCACCGGAACAACUACAGGGAAAAUGUGAUCCAAAGAAUGAUAUUUAUAGUGUAGGAGUUGUUCUCAUCGAGCUUUUAAUUCCUACGCAAACUCAAAUGGAAUUGAGCUCUGUAACUCGUUGUUUAAAAAAUGGUUACAUACCAAAAAGUCUUCCCACAGAGCGACAUAAAUGGGCACAAAUGAUCAUACAAAUGGUGCAGAAAGAUCCUGUCAAACGACCAUGGACAAAACAACUUUUGCAAAGUUUAAAGAAAGAUGAGGAUAUAACAAUAGCUGAAUUGAGAAAUACUGUUGGGAUAUUAGAAGAUGAUAUUCGCGAUAAGAAUAACACAAUUCAAGAAUUAGAAAAAAAAAUCGCAUUAUUAAAAAAUGAAGUAAAGAUGCUAAAAGAUCCUCUUGAAAAUACAAUAGAGUAGACAUAUGUUAAAAGAAAAUGAGAG